UUGAAAGGCUACUUUUGCGGCUGACCCCAAGGAUUCCUUUUCUCAGUUUUGUUCACAUUUUUAUUUAUGUGCGUGUAUUACAAUUAACCCAAAAUGAUACAUGCUGAAAUUAUGCAGCAUUGUUGUCAAGCUUUUAUUACACAGAUUGUUUUUCCCGUCUUGUGAAGGUACAAUUUUUACGCGACAUAGGUGUUAAAGAAGAUGCCAUAGGCAACAUGCUUGUCAAGUUUCCUCCAUUACUGACGUACAGCCUCUACAAGAAAAUCCGCCCCAUGGUCGUAUUCUUGUUGACAAAAGCUGGAGUCACCCAGAGGGAUAUUGGAAAGGUGAUAGCUUUGGGGCCGUAGCUCUUGGGGUGCAGCAUAGCACAUAAGCUGGAUGCUAAUGUGAAGUAUUUUCUGUCACUUGGCAUUCCUCUUCAAUUAUUGGGUGAGAUGAUAGCUGAUUUUCCCAUGCUACUCCGCUACAAUAUAGACGUCCUUCGUCCCAAGUACCGAUAUUUGCGGAGGAUUAUGGUACGCCCUUUGAAGGAUCUCAUUGAGUUUCCAAGGUUCUUCAGCUAUUCCCUUGAUGGUCGUAUAAUGCCAAGGCACAAGAUUCUGGCAGAGAAUCGGAUAAAUUUUAAACUGCGCUACAUGUUGCCAGGCACUGACGAAGAAUUUGAUCGGAGGGUUCAUGCUGCAGUGGAAAGGCGCCAGAGAUUUGAAUCCGGUGUCGUAGAUAACUACCCUUCUGAUUCUCAAACUGAUGGCUCCAUAGAGAGGACUUUGGUUGAUUUUUCUGUAAAUGAUUAUUCUUCCUCUGAUAAUCAAACAGCUGAGUGCUCAACGGAAAGUAAGCAGUUGAGUGCAUCAGAAAACAAGAUUUCUCAAAGAUUGUUGAUUUCAGAAUAAUAAUAAUAAAAUAAAUAAUUUAUAUGAUUCCUGAGUUUCUUUUCUCAA